GGGGGGAUUUUUUGUUUAUUCACCCAGCCCUGCGCUUAGCUUGGCUCUUUCCUCCCCUGCAUUGCUUUUCUUUGCCCCACCAUCCCCAGACCCCCGUCUGCAAUGCUGCCUCACUGGCAGCUCCAAAUUCCCCAAAACCUCUAAACUUACAAUCGAUAUUUACUUCUUUUUUUUUCUUUCUUUCGUUGGAGCAGUUUCACAUGUGGAUUCCAUGGAUCAGGACACACGCCCGUGAUCAUUAAACAGAAAUGGAGUAAUUUACUGACUAUUCUUUUUUUUUUUUUUAACUGACAAGUGGAAACUGAUUGGAUUUAAAGUGAAGCUUUGAUUUUUUUGGGUCAGUUCUGCAUGAGGAGGCUUCGCUCCCAACUCAAAGGAUUUUACCUGAAAUAGUUCACCAUGGCUGAAGCAGCACCUCCACAGACGAGCUCUCUCAGGUCCAAAGGUCUGGGCCUCCUCCGAAAGCUCAAAGUGUCUGUGGAGCUGUUGAUGGCACUGGCCGCUCUGCUCUCCUGGGUGGUCAUAGGAGUGGUGAUGUUCGACUUUGUGGAGUACAAGGCAGUUCCAGAUAUUCAGCAGAUCAUCUCUGACCCUGUGAAAGCCGUAAACGACGCCGUCGAUGAAGCCUCCAGCCUGCUCAAUAAGUUUCAAGAAUGUGCACCUGAUCUGAGUGACCCCAGGUCCACGGCCGCUUACGUAGCAGAGGAAAUAUCGGACGCAAAAGAUGGAGUCGUUGGAUACUUCUCCGACGAGGAGGGAAACUUCUACCUCAGCUACGUCGACCCCGUCGUGGUUGGUAGACAGGCCUUCCAUUCAACGGACGACUUCGUGUGUGGAGCGAUGGCUUCGUUCAGGGACACAGUGUGCGCUGUUGUAGACACUUUACUGGACACUGUACGGAAGAUAAAUAAAGGAAAAGUUGACCUAAGCUACAUUGACCCUGUGGCCGCAGGCAGAGGUUUCUUCACUGCUACUAAUGAAUUUAUCAGUGGAGUGGUGGACUACGUCCAGAAUGUACUCUGUGCCGCUCUGGACUCUGUUCUGGAAGUAGUGAAAGGAACCGCUGACAUCACUUUCAUGGAUCCCGUGUCCAUUGGCAGAAAUGUCUUCAGCGCCACAAAUGACAGCGUGAGCGGAGCAGUGGGCUACGUCCAGGAAAUACUCUGUGCCAUCCUGGACACUUCACUGGAUAUAAUAAAAGGAACCGUUGACAUGAGCUCCGUCGACCCCGUGGUCGUGGGCAGAAACGCCUUCAGUGUCGUGAAUGACUCUGUGAGCGGAGCGGCAGGAUACGUCCAGGACGUGCUCUGUGCCAUCCUGGACGUGAUACUCAACACAUUAAACGAGAUCCAGAAUGCUGUGGGAUUCAGUCCCGUAUCGGUUCUGAAGAGAACAGCAGAAGUCACCACAGAACAGAUCAGCGCGCUCGUCGGCUACGUUUCUUCACCACUGACCGGCGAUCAAGGGAUCAUGCCAGAAGUCUCCAUUGACCCCAUGAAAGUUAUCGAAGACGCCGUGCUGGAGUUCUCAGACAAGAAGGAUCUGUUCCUGGCUUACAUGACAAGCAUGCUUGUUGGUGAGCAAGGGGAACCUGUUGCCACACCUGUGGUGAAUAUAGUGACUGAAGAAGGUGAAACCGUAGCUUCUCCGGCGGAUAUAACUUUGGUGAGAAAAAAAGGGGAAUUCCUGCCACCGAUGGAAAAAGUUCCCAAAGAGGCAAGGGAAAUACAAGAAGAAGUUAAAGAAACCAUCAUUAAAGAUAAAGAUGAAAUGAAAAAGCUCCCCAAGGAAGAGAUAAAAGUCAAGAAAACACCAAAAGAAGAGGAGGAAGUUAAGGAGCCACCCAAAGAAAAAGUGACGAAACCUUCCAUCGACACAAAAGAAGUAAAGAAACUCCUCAAAGAGAAAGUUAGGAGACUUCUCAAAGAGAAAGAUGCCAAGAAACCAUCUGAAGAAGAGAAAGAAGUCAAAGAACCUCCAAAAGAGGUGAAAAAAAUCCCAAAACUGAAGGCAAAAGUCAAGAAACUACUUAAAGAAAAGAAAGAAGUCAAACAGCCCCAAAAAGAACAAAAGGAAGAGGGGGAGGUCAAGAAACAACUGAAAGAAAAGACAGACAUCCAAAUAUCUUCCAAAGAAAAGACGAAGGUUAAGAGGCUCCCUAAAAAAGAGAAAGAAAUCAAGAAACCACUUAUAGAAGAGAAAGGGGUUAAGAUACCAUCUAAGAAAGAGGAAGAAGAAAGAAGAUCACCUAAAGAAGAUACAAAAGUAAAGAAAUAUCUUAAAAAAGAAAGAGCAAAGAAAGCACCCAAAGAAGAACAGGAACUCAAGAAACCACUCAAAGAAAAGAAAGAGGUCAAGAUAUCACCAAAAGGAGAAAUAAAGGCCAAGAAACAACUUCAAGAUGUGAAAGAAGUCAAGAAACAACUUCAAGAUUUCAUUAAACAACUCAAAGACAAGAAAGACCUGAAGAAGCCAUCCAAAGAGAAGGAGGUGGAGGAACCUCCAAAAGUAGAAAAAGAGGCAAAGAAGCUUUCCAAUGAGGAUGAAAAGAUUAAGAUACCACCCACAGACGAGAAAGAAGUCAAGAAACCAUCUAAAGAAGAGAAAGAGGUGAAGGACCAACCCAAAGAAGAGAAAAGGGUCAAGCCUACUAAAGAAAAGCAAGACGUCAAGAAACCAUCCAAAGAAGAGAAAAAGGUGAAGCCCAUUGAGAAAGAAGUCAAGAAGCAACCCAAAGAUGAAAAAGAGGUAAAGCCUCCCAAAGCAGAAAAACAAGUGCAGAAGCCCUCAGAGGAAAAAGAGGUUAAAAUACCACACAAAGAAGAGAAAGUAGUCAAGAAACCAACUACAGAGAAAAAGGUAGAGAAGCCUGCAGAAGAAGAAAAAGAGGUUAAAAUACCACACACAAAAGAGAAAGAAGUCAAGAAACCAUCCAAAGAAGAGAAAGAGGUGAAGCCUACCAAAGAAAAGAAAGAAGUUGAGAAACCACAUAAAGAAGAGAAAGAGGUGAAACCUACCAAAGAAAAGAAAGAAGCCAAGAAACCAUCUAAAGAAGAGAAAGAGGUGAAGCCUACCAAAGAAAAGAAAGAUGUUGAGAAACUACCUACAGAAGAGAAAAGAGUGAAACCUACCAAAGAAAAGAAAGAAGUUUAG